ACUAUGGUAAUGAUGCAAUCGCCAAUGUCUGAUUGCGGGCAACCGGAAAGCCCUUCGCUCUCGCAGCCCAACUCACCGCCCGCCUCGAACGAGCUGGCCACACACUCACCGAAGACGCUCCUGGUAAAGGGAGUCAGUGGUUGCAGCAGUACCGGUGGGGGAAACACCACCAACACCACCACAGCGAUCCCCACCGGCAACGCGAACGGCUCGGAAUCGGAGCCGGACGGUCCGAACGCCCUUCUGCUACGGUUUGGCGAGGAACGCCGCCUCGCCUUAACGCCGGCGGCACAGCUGCAGGAAGCGGCCAGCAAGUGUGGCACGUUUCUGGAUCUGCGCGCCAACAACCUCAGCACCAGCAGCAACAGCAACAGCAAUAGCAACAGCAGCACCAGCAGCGAACCGCUGGAUGAGCGCGAUCACGAUCAAGCCGAGGGUGAAAUGUUUGCCGACCAGGCGGACACCAAGCACGUCGACUACUCGCCGGCGGCAGAACAGCAGCAGCCGCCCCCAGACCGGGCGGUAAAGUUUUCGAUCGAGCGGCUGAAGCAUCUGGCGGAUGGGCACGCGCUAGCGGUGCGUCACCAUCCGCUCCAUCAUCACCAGUCGGCGGCCGAGCAGCUGGUACUGGCCGCCGCCGGUGGCCAUUUUCCACCCGGUGCCCACCCAGCAAUGGGCGGCUCGGUGGUGUCUGUGAUACCGUCCGGCUCGGUGCUGCCACCGCUACACCCAGCCGUCCUGCAUCCGGUCCACGGUACGCCCCAUCCACCCCAUCAUACGCCGGUGGCGGCUGGGGUGGCCCCGUUGCAGCCGUCCUCCUGUUUCCCGCACGCGUCCGCAUCCGCGUCCGCCCCGGCGCACCAGCCCCAUCCCCAUCAACACAGCCACCAUCAACGCCAUCAUCAGGCGGCGGUAGCGGCGGCGGCUGCAGCAGCCGCAGCGGCAGCAGCAGCGGCCGCAGCAGCCGCCGUCGCGUCCGGCUCCAACCCGGCCCAAUCCCAACCUCAACAUCCGCACGCGCAACAGCAGCCAUCGCCGCACGACACCACGCCGACCCCGAACCUGUCGGCCACGGGGCUGCAUCCGGGCCACCCAUUCGCUAUCAAAUAUCCGGCCGGCAGCGCAUCGCCCACCGAUCUUGAGAUCGAGCGGUUCAAGAUAGCACGCACCGCGAUCAACAGUACGGCCGCAUUUGCCGCUGCUGCCGCCGCCAAAGAGCUGUCCGACAUUGGGUUCAGGAUACAGCUGCAGGACGGCGGGCAGCAUCACAGCGGGUACGCGCGCAGUGACACUAGCGAGGAACUCAUCGUGGACGGCAACGAGGAAUGCUCGCAGGAUGGCAUAUCGGGUUGCCCGGUCGAUUUGACGCGCUCGAUGGACAACGGUGGCGACACGAAAGCGCACGCCAUCCGCGACACGGACAAGGAGGCCGCCUCGAAACGGUUGGCCUUCUCGGUGGAGAACAUACUCGAUCCGAACAAAUUUAACGGCAAGCACAGUGUGGCCACGUCCGGCGUCACACCCAUUAGUGCCGGUGGUAUCUUCGGUGCCAAGCUGAACGGGGGUGGCAAAAUGGUGACCGCGCUCGGGGCCGCUGUCAACGGUGCCGGUGGCACCUACACUACCAACAACAACAACUGCACGGUUAACAACAAUAACAACAACAACAACAGCAUCAACAACAAUGCAAAGUUCUGGAGCCAGGCCGGGCUGGAGCGGGACGAUAAGUUGGACGACGAUCACAGCGAUUCGCGCUCCGUUAAGGACGUGAACGAUAUCGAUCAGGAUGACAUGGGCGAUGACACGAUGGGCAGCGAUAUGGACGACCAUGCGAGCGAAACAGACUCCAAGAAGGAUGGUUCCAACAAUCGGAGCGGUGAUGGAAAGUCGCAGGGUAACAGCUCCAAACCAAGACGUGCUAGAACGGCAUUUACGUACGAGCAGCUGGUUUCGCUGGAGAACAAGUUCAAAACCACACGCUACCUGUCCGUGUGUGAACGGCUCAACCUCGCCCUCAGCUUAAGUCUUACGGAAACACAGGUCAAGAUCUGGUUCCAGAACCGUCGGACAAAAUGGAAAAAGCAAAACCCGGGCAUGGACGUUAACAGCCCGACCGUACCACCGCCGAACAGUGGCGGCACCUUCGGGCCAGGUUCGUACGCCAGCAGCUUGCUCUACCCACACGCCAUGCCCUACCCUCCGUACGGACCUUACUUCCAUCCGCUCGGCGGUCACCACCUCGGUCACUCACACUCGUAA